CGACCACUUCCCAUGGCUUCCACACCGAAUUGUGUUUUCUGCAAAAUCGCCACUGGAAACGACGCAGGGACGGAAAUUUUAUUUCAAAACGAACGUAUAUGCAUUUUCAAAGAUAUUCGGCCGGCGUCGGACUUUCAUUUUCUGGCCGUUCCCAAUCAUCAUAUCGAUGGUGUGAAUUCGCUCUCCGCAGCUGAUAAGCCCUUGCUGCAGGAGCUGAAACAAGAACUAGUUAACAUUCUACAGUCCACGGGGCAGCUCGACCCAUCCGCAGCCUUAUUCGGAUUCCACAUUCCUCCUUUUACGAGUGUCAAGCAUUUACACUUACAUGCUAUUGCACCAGUCGGAAAGAUGGGCUUCAUUUCCAGAAUGAUAUUUCGACCGAAUACAAUGUGGUUUAAAACGGACGAGGCUAUCUUGCAGUCCCUUUCCAAUGAUGUUCCAGGCCAGUGAUAUCUGUGUAGCUUAGUAUUGUGGUAUUGAUGAUAAAGAUAUUUUAUUUUUGAAAAAUAUUCCCCUUCAAUUUAUUUUCCCUUAAGUUUGU